AUGCCGAAGCUCGCCAGGAGCAAAGUGGCAAGCACAUACCACAGCAUGAUGCUAGAAUCCUCUCUUGUCCGUUACCCUGUUGCCGAUGGAGCCGCCGUUGCCGUUCUCCUCGUCGCCCUCGAGGUCGAGCCUGUUGAGGAUGUCCCAGAUGAGGCCAGCAAGACCGAGAGACCAUUUCCCAAGGCCAUUAUCCGAACAUUGUUUCCUAUCCUACUCAUGGGCGUCUUUCUCGUGAAUGGCGACAGUUCCGUGGUGCUCGCCACGAAUCAGCACAUUGCAUCCGAAUUUGACGCGUUACCGUCGGCAGCCUGGCUGUUGACGGCUUACACGCUGGCACAAUGCUCGUCGCAGCCUCUGUAUGGCAAACUCGGCGACAUUUUUGGAAGGAACAGGAACCUUGCCCAGUUCUAUCAACCAUACUUACAUCGUCAAAUUGGCAUAAGCAGGACUUACUGGCAGGUUCUGGCUGGUCGAGCAAUCAGCGGCAUUGGGGCGUCCGGAAUGGUCGCAUUGACAUCAAUUGUGGUAGCCGAUUUACUCCCUCUCAGCUAUGUCGCGCAGUACCGAGCAUAUGUCAAUUUUACAGCCACCAUGGCGAGGUCCAUAGGAGGUCCGACAGGCGGGUGGUUAGCUGGCAGUAUCGGGUGGAGAUGUGUCCGCUGGCUCUGUGAGGGCUCGCUCUCAUUCUCUGGCGGCUACCUGAGCACAAUCAGCCAGGCAGUGGUGAGAACUCAGAAGAAGAGAGCAAAGCCGGCUCCAAACGCGCUCGCAUCGGCUUUCUCGGGGCCUUUGCCCUGGGGAUAUCCUGGCAUUAUCUGGUACCCCUGGCUUGCACCUUUCUCGUCUUCGCAAACUACAUUCGUUGUCGUCGAGAAAUGCUUUGUCAAAGAGCCGAUCUUGCCGCUGCAGUUGAUGUCUAAGCGUGAUGUCUUCACUCCAUACCUCAUCAUCGGCUGUCAAUCAGGAGGCCAGUUUGGCCUUCUCUACGGGAUCCCUAUAUACUUCCAAGUCGCCUCCGGCGAGUCCGUUUGUCGAGCAGGCAGUCGAAUCGUGCCUGUGGUAAUUAGCAAUGCCUCUGGAACUCUCCUCGGCGGCCACCUCAUCAGCAAGACUAAGCGGUACAAAUAUCUCACCGUGCUUGGUAUUUGCUGUUCCCUGGCGUGUUUUGCCCUCAUGUGCCUUCGCUGGCACGACGCCACCAACUGGGCAGAGUCAUGCUACGUUUAUCUUGCCGGCUUCGGAAGGGGCACAACCCAGUCAAGCACCUUCGUUCACCUUGCUGCCAGUCUAGAUCACUCUGAUAUCGCCAUCGCCGGCACCACAUGGUUCCUUUCGCAGAGCUUCGGUUCUCUGGUUGGCGCCGGUUUCGCGACCUCCUUGAUGAAUGGUAUACUGAUUUCCACCCUCGAGAAGAAUCUCACCGGAUCUAAGGACAAGGUUACGAUCAUUCGACGUGUCACGUCAAGCGUCGCAUCCAUCCACAAGCUGCCAGAGCGACUUCAAAAGAUCGUAGCGAACGCCUACAUCACCAGCUUGUUGUAUUCUGAUGGUGAGUCUUUUGAACCCCUUGAUGGUUCAGAUCUGGCCUCUGAAUGCGCAACUCAUUCCCAGGUCUUCUAUAUUCUUCGUCACUUGUGCAUUGGUGGCCACCCUGACUUUGGGAGAGCGGUCUUUGUGAGAUAG